AUGCCAAUUGCGAGUUCUUCCUUGUAUGAAGCAGUUCAACGCUUCUGCAAAGCUCUCCGCAUACCUCGUCAAGCAGUCUCUGCAUCCACACCGCUUGCACUGCUGGACGCUAUGCGUGCAGUGCCACCAGAUCUGCAACAGCGAGCUGUAGAUCUGCUGCAGCACUUAGUGACUGCCUUGUGUAGAGUGUUUGAAGGGCUUCCAACAGAAUCACGCCCUCAAGGCCGUCUAGAGCUGCUGCUUCCCUUGCUGCAGCGUCUCGAGAAGCUGCGACAGCUGCCGAACGAUGCGGAAGACAUAGAGAUGGAGGCAGAAGCAGAAGCAGACACGUGUGCAGGCAGCGAUUCUAUCAGGGCGCUGCGAGCUGUCAGCAUUCUCAGCGGACCGCUUCGUUCCCUCGCUUCCUUGGUGGCCUUUUUUAUUGACUGGAUGCUUGGCAAGGCUCUCAAGCAGAUGAGUGAGGGAUCGAAACAUGCCCAUGUGAGUGCGCUGCCUGUACCCAGGAUGUCAGCGACAGACAGACAGAGACGAAGGCUGUCUGUAUGCAUGGCUUGUGCAGGGUUGUGGCGGCUCUUUUCGCCUGCAGUAGACACGGAGCUGCAGGGGGAGGAGCAGCAGCUGCAGCAGCUCCUCCUCAGCAUCUUUCUACGAGGCCUCUCGCUUCAGCGUGAAGGCAGCGGCAGCAGCAGCAGCACCACGGGUAGGAGGCUGGACGCCGCUGCAGCUGCAGCGGCUGUGUCGAGUGCGAAGCAUGGUCUUCAGUGUCUGUUCGUACAGCUGGAAGCACAGCUGCAGCGGCUGCUGCAGCAGCGCCAUGCUGCAGCAGCCCGCCGAAAGCGGGAGGUCGUGCCUCCAGAAGAAGCUGCGGAAGCUGCAGACACGGAAAAGGGGGAAGAGGCAGAGAAGACAACAGACGCGGAGGCGGAAGCUCUACUGUCAGAGCUUGUUGCGGAGGAGACAGUCCACUGGCUUUCGCCGCUGAAACGCAUCGCCCUCCAACCCGAGAUGCGCGUCCUUUUCGAGUUACUCUCCCGUAUGGCCUUUCGUGUCUGCGACUGCGAGGAGGAGACAGAGUCUGGGGAUGCGGAGGAGGCUGGGGAUCUUGGGGAGGUGGAGACGGCUGCGGAUAGAGGGCAGCGAAGAGCAGAACCAUCGAGAAAAGCGCAAAUCGAGUUCGAGGAGGGCUUCCUCGAAUCUGAAGGCGAGGCUGGUGCCAGCGAGGCGCAUACGACGCUGCCUGCUGGUAGAGAGACGUCUGUCUCCUCUGCAAGGAUGCACGAGCAGGCUCACGAUAUCCCCACACCAGUGGCAACAGGAGAGGCAACAGCAAGCCCACUGAAUCCUCGCCAAGCACCAACUGCGCCAACUGCAGCAACCUCAUCACCACCCACAAGCUCCCCAGAUGAUGAAGAGGAUGAUCCUAUGCUGCGCUUAGUUGUUAUUGCUGAACACGCACUCGACGAGGCGCUGUCUCU